AUGGACGUCCCCGACAUCGACAUCCCCGACAUCGCACACAUCGCCGACAUGGACGUCGCGUGUCCGGCGUUCCACAUCGCAAUAAUACCUACGCCUUCCGACAGAGGUCUGCCGCCCAUCAUCGUAUGGCCGUGCCAGUCCAUCGGCUGCAUCGCCCGCUCGCUGGCCGCCCGCUCGCGCUGUGACGCGCGCGUGCCGGGGUACAUGCCCAGCACCUUCCGCGUCAAGUCCUUCCGCUUCGACACGCCCUUCUUCAACGCCACCUACGUCGACAACGAUCUCGUCAUCGGCAACCAAGACAAGUGCUUCGUUUCACAGUACUACUACAACACGGCGACCAAGAAAGCGGUGCUGGGGAUAGACUGUCCGAACCUGGAGCUAGAGUCCACGCGCACAGUCAUCCAGCACUACUCGCUGCGGGAGGACGUGGUCUACGACUACAGCUACCAGGGCACCUACCCUUUGAUCCGGAUGACAGUUGAGUUGCCGGCGAGGAAACCCUUCGACUUGUGCAGCGCUUUCAUCUUCACCGACGUCACCGCGCUGCCCUACUACCGCAUCAAGCCUAACAAUCAACUAACAGCUGACGUCCUGUCGAAAGACGACAAACUCCUCAACAUCUUCGAGAGAGAAACGUUCUUCUAUCGCGGUCCUCAUCUCGCGCGCCAUUUCAUCAACUCAGUUCUGUGUGACUUUGGCUGUAACUAGAACUCCCAAAAUUUCUUUUAUAACUUGAAACUUACUUUCGGUGUAUUUUUAUUUUAGAAAAAAAAAAUAUUAUUUUUUUAACAGGGUUUUUAAGGGAAACGUUUUUAACUUCAGCCAACUAACCGAUUUUCAUUUCAUUUAUAAAGUACGGUCAUCGAGUUAGUUUCUGUAGAUAUUUUUUUAUCGCAAAAAAAUAUAGGCAGGUAUAAAAACUUCUAUUGACAUUGAUUUUCUGAAUAGUAAUCCUCAGGUUUUUAAUAAAAAAUUAAGAAUCACCAAAAAAAAUAUAUGUAUAUACUAUUCCAAAAUUUUAUGGUACUUUUUAGGCAUUCUAUAUUUCACCUCAUCGGUCUGAGGCUUAGCCUAUCUGUAUGUAGGGCUACUGAAUUUUAUUAUUAAAAUUCCCUUAAAUCGGUUUAUUGUUGGUUGGUAUACAACUUAUUUAAAAACUAUCAAACUCAGACUAUAUUCAAAGUGAAAAAAAAUUUAGCCUCGUAGAUAAAUGUGCAAUUGAUUCAAUUUAUUUGAAUAAAUAUUAACUAAAAUUCAAAAUUAACACAUUUAUUUGUUUUUACUAAUCUUAUUGUUGUAUCUGU